AUGGAUUGGUCCAAUUGUGUUGUAUCUCUUUGUAAACAUGUUCAAUUUCACCAAAUCGAUGGUAAGAAAUUCGGACUUCUCAAGAACUCGAAACAUGUGCAAGGUACACCAUUGUAUACCUACCUUCUCUCCAUCAUUCAUCAAUCGAUGGAAAUUAAAGGUAUUUCCACCUUUCCACUUGUACUUGCAUUAUUUAAUGAAACAUUAAAGCCAUUGAAUAUUCCGCAACUCAACCCUUACAUCCACACUAACUUCGAUUCCUUAUUACAGUAUUUGAACGAACACCUUCAUCGUGAUUUUUCACCUCCUGCAAUCGGUAACGCACCUUCUAUCCCUUUUUUCCAGAUUCACAAAACUUCUUAUUCUAAGAAGAAUCACUAUUUCUGUCCAACCUGUUCUUGCUCGUUUUGUGAACGUAACAAGAAACAUAACUCUGGUACAGUCGGAUAUACUGUGUUAAAUGUGACUGCCCAAAAUGUUCUGCCCAAAAACGCCAUUUUCAAGAAAAGCGUGCUGGCCGAAACAAACAGCAGAAAUACCGAAUUAAUCAAUUAG